AUGGUUGCAGUGCCGGGUGCAGGGACCCCCGAGGAGUUUCACUACCAACUAGAUGUGCAGGAAGCUGCCCAUCCAAGUCGCGUGCGAGCUGCAGAGUCACAGCCGAAGCAAGUGACUGCACCACCACCUGCGGCAGCAGUGCCAGUAGCUCAACCUUGCAAGUCAGAGGCACAGCAACAUCCGGUGGAGCAGCUGCACCAACCCAAACCCAAUUUGCCACAGCAGUCCCAGCCACCGCCCGCCCCACUCCCUCCUCCUGCGUCAGCCCCAGGGCCGUUGUGUCCUGUUCGCUCUGCUGUCGCACCCUUAUCAAAACAACCUGCAGCUCGGUGGCAGCUCAUUUGCCUACAUGCAGAAGGCUUCUCACAAGAGGUCCUUCACGCCCUGCCCAGUACGAUGCGUGCCCUCGCAAUUCCGGAUGGGAAGUCCCACUUUGGAAGGCAGCAUCAGGCCAAGUUUCUGGAAGCCUUGCUCGUCAAGUCACCACAGCUCCUGAGCAUCAUCUCCCGUACGCAUGCAGAUGUUGAAGCUCCAGCAAACAGCUCGAAAAUCAGAAUUACGAAUCUCACCUUGAACCCUGUCUUUGUCAAUUCGGUCCAGGCCCUUUGGCAAGGACAAUCCGGUGAGCUUGGACCGGGCACGACCCUCAGCUUUGCUAGGAACCAGGGGGACGACACUCCGCACCAUUUCCUCAUUUUCCAGUUGCAAGCCUUGGAUGCGGGCCUGCAAUCCCUGCAAUCGACGCCGGUCGAAGACGAGACGAAGGCCGCAGCUCGACAGCAUCAGCCUCAAGCGGCACUUCCUGUUGCUCCCACAGAAGUAGGAGGCCAACAAAAUCCCCCCACAGACCAACCGCCUCCCCCUCCCUCGGCUAUGGCCAUGACUACGGUGGAUGUUGCGAAGGUGGCAAUUCCCACAGAGGUGCUCCAGCAGCUGCGGGCUGUGGAGACUUGCAAGCUCGACAGCCCGAAGCCCAAGCACCCACCAAGGGAACCCUCACCGCAUCCCAGAUCCCAGCAGGCUUCCAAGGUUCCACCAGAGCCACGGAGCGUUCUGAGCCUGGAAAAGGAGAAGAAGGCGGAUCCGCAACCUGAGGCUCUCCAGCCCGAGGGGAAAGAGCCCAUUCGGGCGGCCCCAAGUGCGGUGGAUGCCGAGGCAGCGCUUGACCCGGUGGCCUUCGAAGAGACCCUUCCGGUGGCUCCGGCCCCCACGUUGGGCCCCUGUCCGGUGUUGGCACAGCUGCCGGAAGAGGUGGCAGUGGAAGACCCGACUGCCGCGACGAGCAUCGAGCCGCACAUCACCCUCGAGCUGAAUGGAGCUGGUGUGAAGGCUGAGGCCUCUCUAGCAGCCCGGCGCCUCGGCUCCUGGGCUUUGUCCUCUCCCCUGGCUGUAGGGAGGCGGCACCAGGCUGACCAGCUGCGAUCUGUGAUCGUGCGUGAAUGCCUGCAGUUCAUUAGCCGGGAUCACUUCGCUGUGGAAUUCCGUGAUGCGGAGGCCCAAGCCGAAAUCAGCGGUGAACAAACUGCACAUCUCUUUGCAUGGCUACGGCUCAAGUUGAAGGAGUUAGCGGUCGAACUCGUACUUGCUCGAGUCAUGGCGCUGAACCGCCGGUGCCAUUUGUGGCUGGUGCCUCUUGGGACAUUGCUGGCACUUGUCCUCUCCGGAUGCUCUGAUGGUGGAUCGGAUGGCUCUACGCCGGAAACCGACACCACUCAGGGCUUCUUGGGUCCAACGCCUACCACGUCUACGACAACCUGGACCUUCGUCUUGCCGGAGAGAUCUCCGGCGAUGGACGCCCAGUUCCUGAUCCAGGCGACCUUCGGCCCAACACGUGCCUCCCUGGCAGAGAUCGGUGGCUUGGACUACGACACCUGGUUCGAGGCACAGCUGUCGCUGCCUCCGACGCUUCUGCGCAGCCGCUACCGUGCUCGUGCUAACCCACAGGUUUCCGAGGACAAGCCUGCAGGAGUGCCGCGCACCUCUUGCGAGGUUGGAUCCCGCUGGCUGCAGAAUACCUUCACUUUCGCGGACGUGGGUGCACGGGUUGUGGCCAAUGGUGUGCACAUCUUCGUUGCUGGGGCCAGGCGGACAACGCUGGAUGCUUCUUACACGAAGAACUCGCUCCCAGAGCCAAUGAAUUGCUCUUCUGUUGGCCGCGAUUGGUGGCGCUGGCAUCCUCAUCGCACCUGCGCAAACCAGAUCCGAGCCUGGACUUGCAGUGGAGCUGAGGACUGGACAAGGGACAAGACUUGCCAACAGGAGUGCUUCGAUGGCGGCUAUCGGUAUGGAUCUGACGAUUGUUCACCGGGAUGGCCCAACUUCAACUUUACCGGCUAUCUUUGCUCCGUGGAGCCUGCUACAGGUGUCGGGAGCCAAAUCGAGCUCUCCGUGGAUGCAGCGUGCGAGGACAAGAUUGUGAUGCUGAAUCCCGGCUUAUAUGUGCCAGGCCUGACGGACGUAGGGGGCACCUUCCAGAGUGUGCGUCCUUCGGUCAUUGCCCUCGAGCAGAGCCCCACGAAUUGUGAUUUCCAGGACUUCAUCCAAGUUGAUGGCCAGACUUUCCAACAUGAGCCUCGGCUGAAGCUGCUGGACGUGACCAACCCGGCGGAUGUUUGUGUGGCGGUCCCAAAGACCCCCAUGAAUCUGGAGGCCUGUGAAGUGCAAGCCGGCCGAGUUUGUGAUCUGGCUCGGGGAACAGACUCGACUCUUAUGCUGAACAGCUCAUCUUUGCAGCUGCUCUCAGAGCAUGCGAACCGGCACAUCUUCACCGUCGCCGGUCUUCCCACUUCCCUCAGUCCUUGUGGGACAUUGGCUCGGUGGAAGCUCUUGGACUGCUCGACGGACACCUGCACUCCCUCGUCCUUGCAAUCCUCGGAUACCUCACUCAUUCGGGCUGCCCUCUCCACUCAAUCGGGCGGCCUACGCGAUGUCUAUGUCAACUGUGAGGCAGUGCCUGCAGCUUCCGUGGUGGAGGUCGGGAGCGAUACCUUCCAGCACGUGCACAUCCACGAGGGCAACGUCUACGACUUCACCGACUGGGUUACUUCACAUCCAGGUGGCGCCACUGCGAUCACCAAGUGGAGCAACAGUGACUACAAGUUGCAGUACCCGGGAAACCACCCCAUAGAGCGCUUUGAGACCCAGGUGAACAACAAGGUGUUGCAGUACAUCGGUAAGGCGGACUCGGAAGUGCGCUACCUAGACCUUCCAACGAGCGUCCACUCAGAAUCACUGGCUCUUGCGCUGGCCAAUGCUUCCGACUCCCAAACCCUGUCCCUAGCAUGCCCCUCCCCGGGCGAAGUCGCCAACAGCCCGAAGCUGGGCAACAACAUGCCCUUCUAUUACCGUUUCAUCGAUUUUGCGGACCUUCGGAACGACCUGGACUUCGACCACCCGAGCGAGCACAAACAUUCGGGAAGGCCACGUCUCCCGAGGAUUAGUGCUUGGAUGAAUCAGGUCGCCACGGCACCCGACCAGCUGCGACAGCGCAUGGCAUGGGCUUUGUCCCAGAUCCUGGUCAUUGGCCUUGGUGGCUUCACCUAUUCGGAGCAACACGAGAUCUGGGUGAAUUAUUACGACAUCCUGGUGCGCAAUGCAUUCGGAAACUACUUGGACCUGCUACGAGAGGUGACCUUCAACCCUCUGAUGGGCGAAUACCUCUCCUUCCUGCGAAACACGGCCUUUGAUCACGACCAGAACUACCCUGACGAGAACUAUGCCCGCGAGGUCAUGCAGCUGUUCUCCAUUGGCACCGUCGAGCUGAAUCAGGAUGGAUCCUGGGUCCUGGAUGCUUCUGGCAACCCGGUGCCCACUUACGACAACGAUGACAUCAUGACCUUCGCCAGCGUUCUGACCGGUUUCGAUCGUCAGGAGUGGCGCAGCAAUAUCGAAAUGGUACCGAGCACAUCUGCCGGCAGAAACAUCAUCGAUCCGAUGAGAAUGGUGUCGCGGUGGCAUGAUGCCUACCCCAAGAUGGACUUGAACGGGAACUACCUUGGCGACGGCUAUCCCUUGUGCGUGGACCUCCGCGAUGACCAGUUCCUUCGGCAAGGGGCUCGCUACGAGUUUUUUACCCAGGAGGCCCCAAGCUCGGUCCUCCAGCUUCGCCCCGAGUCGGCCCUGUACAAGGCUCUUUGCUCGGCGGACGGCUCUGGCUCUUGCCGUUUCUCGUCCAGCGUCGUGCUGGGCACGGAUCUGACAUGCUACCAGGAAGAGUGCCGUACUACCCAUCCACGGGUGAUCAAGGUUGGCGAGGCCUUGUACGAGUUUGUGCCACCAGCUUGCGUGCACUUUUUCUUCUUCGAAGGCCGGAUUGCGACGGGAAGCGCCGCGAGGCGUUUCUGGCAGUCUCGGAUGAUCUGCACGAAUCCGGAGACCUUGGUGGCAGGCGCAUAUUGCUGUGAUGGUUGUUCGAAUAUCCCACCCCCUCAGUGGCUGGAACAUGGUAACUGUCAGAACCUAAGUGAUGGUUGGUUCACCACCAGCGGCUGCAACAUUCAAGGCCCAGGAAGCUGGUGGGACAGGAACAGGUGGUGCGAACAGAGGUGCGACUCUCUUGGGCUUGGGUACGCUGGGAAUUGCACCAAGGAGUAUGAAGAGGCUCACGUCUGUGGCUACCAUCAGGAACACAUGUCCUACGAGGCUGCCACGCGCCGCUGUGCCGAGGAGGGGCUGAAGAUCUGCGACCGUGGCACUAAGUUGACGACGUGUGGUUUGAACGAUGAUGAUACUGCCAGGGUGUGGACGCCGGAAACCUGCACCACCAACGUCACGGUGGAUGAGAUCGGCAGGGUCAGCUCUCAAAGGACUGAGAAGAUGAAGAUGAACAGGCUAAGGGUGCAGUGGACGAACGGCUCCCCGGACGUGCAGAACUGCCCAUCCGACUGCAGCAGCUUGGAGAAUUCUUGUGAAUGCCCUAUUCGGGUCGAGACCCGUGCCGUCUUCAGUAGCCUUCCAGGUGCUUCAGAGCUGUCGAAGCUGACGGUGGGUGCAUUGCCCCCGCUGGGAGCCUGCAGUCACUGCGGAGAUGUGAAAGCCUACACCGUAGAUGGUACCUUUGAUGAGAAGACGAUCUUCGAGCACCAAGGCAAAUACUACCGGAACAUCGAGAGCCUUGUCUACGUGGCCGGUAAGAGCUUCCGCAAUCCGCCGCGAUUUGGGCUGGAGGAAGCGGUGACUGAGCGCUCGGCCCGCUGGGAGAUUGAGAGUUUGCUAGAGCACUUGGUGAACCACCGCAACACGCCGACUUUCAUCGGGUAUCGACUCAUCCAGCGCUUCGUGACCUCGAACCCAUCUCCUGGUUACGUCUUCGACGUCGCGGAGGCAUUCAAGACGGGCACCUAUCAAGGACACACAUUCUCAGGCCGUCGUGGUGACCUUUCAGCCACAAUCGCAGCCAUCCUUCUUCAUCCCGAGGCUUUGGGUGCAGCAAGUCGCCGAGGAGCAUUGCGUGAGCCACUGAUCAAGCUGGUGCACUUCCUUCGGGCUAUGGAUUUCGAAGAUGCAGCAGGCCGCGAAAUCAUGUUCUUGGAGCUGCAAGAGCUGAUUGGCCAGGGGCCGUUCGGGUCCCCGUCUGUCUUCAACUUCUACCGUGCGGACUUCCAGUCGAAUACCAUGCCAGCAGAUGUGGUGGCCCCGGAGGCACAGAUCAUGGACGCCAGCAACAUGGUCAACUUCCUCAACGGCAUGCUGUCCCUCAUCAAGAAUAGUGGUGUGACAAACUGUGACGGAGGUUUUGGCCUUGACACGAAGACUUGUGAUCAGAAGUCGUUCAAGCACGGCUUGAACAUCACGCAGUCCAGUGCCACGCAAGUUCUUGAUGACCUCAACCUGCUUUUGACAGGUGGACGGAUGGUGAAUGCCACCAAGGAUGUGGCACGCGCCAGUUUGGAGGGCUGGGGAGAGGAGCAAAAGGUCAAGGCCGCACAGGAAGCGGUUAUCCUCGCACCUGAGUUCCACACCCUUGGGUCGCCACUUCCGGAAGGUCCGCGCAGUGACCAGACACAGACAACCACGGAGGACGUCCAGCCGCGAUCUUACAAGGCUUUGAUCAACCUCUAUCUCAAUGGCGGGGCCGACACCUUCAACCUUCUUGUGCCACUGGAUUGCGAGCUCCACGAUGAGUACAUGGCUGUCCGAGGUCUGGCGGCACUCUUGAACUCAGAGCUGCUAGAGAUCCAAACUACUGGGCAAAAAUGCAGCAAGUUCGGCGUGCAUCACAAACUCCCUGUGAUUCAACAGCUUUACCGGGAUGGAAAGGCCGCGUUCGUCAGCAAUGUCGGGAGCCUGGUCCAGCCCCUGAACAGGAAUGAGUACGACAACGGCCUGAAAACCGUUUGCGCCGGCCUUUUCUCCCACUCCGACCAGACAGAGGCGGCGCAAACGCUGAAGUGUCAAAUCCGGGGCUCCGCACCCAAGGGUGUGGGAGGGCGCAUGGCAGAUGCACUCUCCGCCGGGACACAGCAGUUCAGAACGGCUUCAUACUCCCUCAGCGGUCGACAGACCUGGGCGCAGGGUGUAGACAUCAACCAGAUCAGCGUGGCAAGAAGCGGUGAGGUGCCGACGCUCCAAAAUUACACAGGAAGGCGGCAGCUGUUGGAGGAUCUCUCCAACACGUCCUACGGCAAUGUCUACAUGGAGGAGUAUGCCAGAAAUCUGGGAAAGUGGGUGGAUUCCAAUCAAGUCUUGUCCGAGCAGCUGCAGACGGCCAACCUGAGUUCGACCUGGCCGGAAGGCAACAGUAUCCAGGAUUGGAAUAGGCGUCAGACGAUGCUGUCCUUCCAGACAGUGGCAAAGCUGAUCGCUUCGCGGGAAGCUCGCAAAGUGGAGCGAGACUUCUUCUACGUGGAGUUGCGAGGCUUCGACACCCACAACGACGUUCGGGAGGUAAUGGAGGAGCUCUUUGGCAACCUCAACUUUGCGUUGGAGUACUUUGUGGCAGAGCUCAAGGCACAGGGCAUUUUUGAUGCGACCACACUCGUCACAUCGUCGGAUUUCGGCCGCACACUCACCUCCAACGGCAAGGGCACCGACCAUGGUUGGGCUGGGAACUACGUGGUCCUCGGUGGGGCAGUGAAGGGCGGCCAGGUCUACAAUCGAUUCCCUUCCAGCUUGAUCGAGGGUAACAACCAGGACGCCGGUCGCGGUCGGAUGAUUCCAGAGUAUCCGUGGGAGAACGUCCUCAUGCCCAUUGCUGAGUGGAUGGGCGUGGAAGGCUCGCACCAGCGCGAUGUCUUCCCCAACAUUCAGAAUUUCAAUGCGUCGCACAUCUUGGCUACCAAUGUGCGGCUCACUUCGCAGACGCCGAACCCCAUGUGGCGGUUUCGCCAGGGAUCUCCACCCUUGGAGUUCGGCAGAGAAGACUCGGUGGCCUUGGAGGAUGGCGAUGCUGUUGCCUUGGGCACUGGCGUUGGUGACGCACUGGCGACGGCAGAGGACGCAUUCGCCCGCCUCCGGUGGACAGUUCGCUUGGCUGACGCUUCCGGGAUGCCAUGGAAAGCUUGUGCCUUGCCGUCGCGCGGCCCCUCCUCGCCGGGUGGCCCCGGCCCAAGGCCGAGCUUCGGAUCCUCGGAGGUGCCGCAGUCCUUUCGACUUCCGGCCAGCGCCGUCCGGGAGGAGCGGCUCUCCGAGCUGUGCUGUCCUGAUCCUCGGUACAUGGGCUCGGAAGACAAGGUGGCUGAGAAGUUUAUGCCCCAAGCGCGGCUGCUGCCAGCCCUUGGAGGCCGUGAGCGGCGCGAGCCCCACUUCGGCCUUGACGACGAGGAUGGUUUGGAGCCUCACUGGACUUCUGCGAUGCGACAAAAGGUGGCAGAUCCGGCACGCUCGCGCCCACACAGGGGCUGGGCUUGA